CUACCACUCAAUCGUGAAUACCAUUCGUAAUUCUUACCUCUUCAUCUCCAGCCUCAGUCGUGAGGCUUGCACGUGCAAGCUGCAAACAAUGCGCUGAUCGCCAUCUCUUUGUAGCAGCAGCAGCAUCAUCACACCUCUCACAAAGACUGAUAGCUUGCGUGGCCGCAGACAUUGGCAGCAGCACAACUUCACGAAGACGAAGCCGUAGACAAGCGAUCGCUGUUGUACACGUGCUGCGAGAGAAGAGGUCGCCUGUCAAGUCGGACACUCCUUCUAUAGCGGUGCAUGCGCAAGGUGCUCUAACACUCAAGCACGAGUAGCCAUCAGCAGCCGAGUCAAAGAAAUUCAGCGAGCUUGACUGCCUUGCGUGCUCUAAGCCCAAAACUUCUCCAAUCGAAUCGCCAGCGACGCUGCGCUCACACAAAACGCCGUUAUGUCGAAUCCAUACUACCGAACCACGCGGGACGGGGGGCAUGCUGGUCAAAGUGGAAGUAGGGACGACGCCGCAUCCAAACGUUUCGAUCCGCACCACCAUGGCAGUUUCCCAAGGAGCGGCAGCGGCAGCGUUGGUCAAGAGCGAAGUGGAGCCUACGAUGGCCCUUCUGGCUCAGCAGGCAUGCGGCCGCAAGUCGAGUAUCAACAGGAACCUUACAAUCAGUACGCACGCUCCGACGUGGCAACAUAUGAGCCUGCGACCGGCAAAGCGCCGCGCGUUGCCGCUGGGCCAUUCCAAGUCACCGCGUACAAUGGGCCAACAGGCCAUGGCACUCACGCAGUGCAGCCUUCUGCCGAUUACGCUUUUUCAGAUCCUUAUGCUGGUGCUCAGCAACACUACGGCUAUCCCAGCCCGAACGUGCCCAUCAUGCAGCAUCACACUGGGCCGUCUGCUGCUCCCGCGCGGCAGAACACGGGCCCUCAAGCGUACUAUACAGACCCAUACGCAGAGACAUCUCCCGAAUCCAGCAUCGUGUAUCCCCCACAGCCGGGUGGGGCCAAUGGUAGCGAUCGUCUAGGUGUGCCGGCGGGAGAUGCUCCACGGCCGGACACUCCGGGUCUUCAUCCAGACAAGCCUCUGAACAGAUCGAAGCUCACACCUGCUCAAGUUAGGAUCGCGGACCAAUUUCCAAAGGAUCUGGACAAGGAGGGAGGAAGCAUGUGGGAAGAUGUGAAGCAGAUGGCAAGGGAUUGGAGGACGUACGUCAGGUGGAGGUAUCUCCACUGGUAUGUCCUGCUCGUCCUCCUGAUUGUGGGCGUUGCUUUGUUGACGAUCUACCACAGGCAGAUCGUUGACUGGCUCACCCCAAUCUCGAAAAAGGUCAAAUCGGUGUCAUGGGGUUGGGUCAUUGUGGUGGCCAUUCUUUUCGUCAUCUCUUUCCCACCGCUAUUUGGACACGAAAUCAUCGGGGUGCUCUGCGGAGUCGUCUAUGGUCUCUGGCUAGGCUUCGGCAUCCUGUCACUUGGCACGUUGCUUGGAGAAAUCGGCAACUUCUAUGCGUUCAAGCUGUGCUUGAAGCGCACGGCGGAAAAGUACGAGCGCAAAAGCAUCAAUUAUGCUUGCAUGGCGCACAUCACGCGAGAAGGUGGCUUUUUGGUGAUUUUGCUUGCUAGACUCUCGGCUUUGCCCGGCCAUAUCUCGACCGCCGUCUUCGCAACCAUCGGCAUGAAUUUCUUCGUCUUCACCGCUGCAGCAAUUCUGUCCCUGCCUAAGCAGCUUGCAGUCGUAUACGUUGGUGUUGCCAUCACCUCAUCUUCUACUGGCGAGGAAAGUCCAAAAGCUAAAGCGAUCAAGUGGGUCGUCCUUAUCAUAUCCGCAAUCGUGACGAUCGGCGCCGCCCUGUACCUGCACAAGAAGAUGGACGAGGCUAGGCCAGAGGUUCAGCGUCGCUUGCGCGCCAGACGCUACACCAUGCUCAGCGAGGCGCGCAUGACGGAGGCAUGGGAGGCGGAGGGACGAGAUGACGCCGCUUCUCCCGCUGGGUCUACCGCAAAACUUUAUGGCGAUGGUGCUGCCGGUGUAUACUCGCGGGACGACUUGCAUCAACCACCAUUUGACGUAGAAGAUGGGCGCCGCAAGCCAAGCUCAGCGGCUUGGAGUCGCUGGGCGAACAAAGGUAGCAAUCAGUCAGGCGAAGAGGCUGGCCCUCUGCGCGAUCGUGGCGUAUCUGCCGAGGGCGAUGCGGGAGCGAUAGGAUUAAGUGUCCUAAAUCACAGGGAUCAGCCGCCGCAACCCGAUCAAAGGCUCGGUAUGGCUCGCUCAUACAGCCAAGGAAGCUCUGAAGAUGUCCACGAACAGAAAGCCCUGACAGAGGGUGUGCCUGCUUCAUAUGGCAGGGCGGGUCCUCCGCCGACAUCCUACAACCAAGACUACGUCAAUGAUCGUGCCGACGCCCACAACGGUUUCCAGCCCAAAGUGCAGGGCCACCGGCUUGCGCCAGGAGGCCACCACGGUCAGGAACGAUAUCAGCAUCAUUCGGGAGUUGGCUCCAUCUACUCUUUACCACCAGGCUCUGAAGACAAUCGGUACGGCAAUGCAGCUGGUGCGGGCUCUGCUGCAGCUCGGCGCAAUCCCUCGGUCAAAGUACAGCUUCAGGAUCGCCAGAAUGCCGCAAUGACGGCUGUAGCGGAUGCGCUUUACGCUGAUCGUACGGUUGCUUCUCCCGCCACUUAUCGCACGCAGCCUUUCCCCGAGAAUCAGAGAGUGCAGGGUCAUGCCGGUACUGGGUCGCAAUCUUACCCUUUGCAGCAGGACGCGGCGAGAACCAUGUCCCCAAGGCCCCCUUCAUAUCAAACAGAGGCUAACGGCGAAAGGGGACAGCCUUCUAAUGAUUCGCGCUACUCUUAUAGGGGCCAGGCCAUGUGAUGCUGGAACCUCUGCAUCAGGACAUCUUCCCCUUUCGCCUCCUGUGUGAGCAGAAAUCCCUGCUCGACGGCAUUUCUUCACGAGCUUGCGCAGAACAUGGCUCCUUUUCGACUAUAUAUGAUCCCGCUUACAUGGAGUUUGCGCUUUUGCAUUCACCACACGGACUCUAGCGGUCUUUGACUGCGCCGCCUGCUUCAUCAAAUUGUAAAAGGCUCUGCUUUCCCCGUUUUCAUGACACUUGUGCGUAUCAAAUCUCCAUGACGAUGCACGACUGCAAGGCC